CUUGUUUUUGUGGUUUGGUUUUGAAAGUCCGGAGUGUCUUUAUUUUCCUCUCUUAAAUUUGUUGUUAAAUUGUUAAUAAUAUAAAAGAAAAUUUGCUGUUAAUAUUCCAGUUUUCCUUGUUUUCACCAUGACCACUUUAAGGCCUUUUUCCUGUACCGACAUGUAUCGGUUCAACAAUGUCAACUUGGAUCCUCUCACAGAAACCUACGGAUUAUCCUUUUACAUGCAAUACUUGGCCCAUUGGCCUGAGUAUUUUCAAGUUGCCGAAUCACCUAGCGGAGAAAUAAUGGGAUACAUCAUGGGCAAGGCAGAAGGUGUUGGUGAAAACUGGCACGGGCACGUAACAGCCCUGACAGUUUCUCCAGAUUUUAGACGAAUCGGACUGGCUGCUAGUUUGAUGAACUUUUUAGAAGAAGUAUCUGAAAAAAAACGUGCCUAUUUUGUGGACCUAUUCGUAAGAGUUAGCAAUCAAAUUGCUAUAAAAAUGUACACCAAUUUAGGCUAUAUUGUUUAUAGAACGGUGCUGGAAUAUUAUAGUGGAGACCCUGAUGAAGAUGCUUACGAUAUGAGAAAAGCAUUAUCUCGGGAUGUGAAUCAAAAAUCUGUUAUACCUUUAGUCCACCCUGUACGGCCUGAAGAAGUCGAUUGAGUUAGGUAAUAAUUAUGUUAUAUGAUAAUAAAUGCUUCAUUUUUUGUCUUGGCUGCGUUAGUAAUUUUUGUAUUUGGACAAAUAUAUUUAUUUAAAUAAUAUCAAAAGCUACAUACAAAUACAACUUAUGUCUAAACAAAAUCCUAGCAAAACUUAAUAAUAAACUACGUACCUAUAGUUCUUUGGCUUUAAGUACCAUUGAAAAAAUAAAAUAAAUAUAUUAUGUAAAAAUACCUAUUAUUAAUACUGUGUAAUAAUUUUUUUUUUUAAUUGAAAUUGAUUCCCUAUUAUACAAUUACUAUUAUUUGAAUUUGUACCAUUUGUGUAUGUCUUCACAGGCACUUUUACCAAAAAAUGUAUUUAAGUACAAAUGUGAGCUAUAAUAAUUAUUAUGAGAAUAAUAAAGUAAACUAAAAUACAAAUAAUACACACAAAACAAAAAUAACGGUUUAUACAAUAAUAAAAAAAUAAAUAAUACUUAUUUAGCUAAAAUUCAUUGUAAGCGACAUUACAUUUAUAUAUAUUUUUUUUUUCUGGAAAGCAUUUUGGCACAUAAUUACAUUUUAACAAUAAUUAGCGGAAUGUUGUGAACCAAAAUAAGCUUUUUACAUAAUACAAAAAUUCGUAAAGUGAGCUUCAAAAAUUGUCAUUACACUGCCGAGUGUUUUCCAAUAAUCUCUCCAGACUUUGUGUAAACUUGUCGGCCGUCAAACUCGACGCUGAUGGAUUUUUCCACAGGUUGAUUCAAGGGUUCUU